UCCAAACUUACAACUUCACAGCCAAACAAGUCGUUUCCUGCAACACGAAAUAAUCAAACAAAUAAAAAAACAAUUUUUUUCUUUGCAAUCCAAAUUUGGUUGAGCAUCUACAAAUUUUGUGGUGAUUGCGAAAAAUAUUGUUUCUUUUUUGUAUCCUGUGUCACGAACAUACCGCGAGGCCACCUGGGCACCUGGGAUCCUAGGUCCGGCUGCAGGUGCAGUGUUCGCAGAUUUUUAUUUGCCUGCACUGUGGUGUAGGAGUGUACCAAGCGGAAGCAAAAACCAGAAUCAUACAUUUUUACCAUAUAUUUCUGAAUCUUCUGUUAGGGCGCAUUCGUUUGUUUUAUAUUUUAUCAUUCGUAGCCAGAAGCCUUGUUUAUAUUUUAAUUAAAAUCGGACCUGAAAUACGCAAACAUGUCUCUGGAUCGUGCCUCCGGCAUACGGAAAGGACAGGAAAGAAAUUUACUAAAGGCAUCCAGAUCGGCUGUAUCGAGCCCGACUUAUCUCCAAAAAUCCAGCAAGAGUCGUUGCUUCCAUUUCCGCUACUUAGAGCUAUGUCGCGCCAAAAAUCUCACACCAGUGUCGGAAAUUCGGAAGAAAUCCAAUGCGAACACCUCGCUGGACGUCUUCGCCGAUAAGCUAAGCGUGACCGACUGGCUGAUAAUCAUCGAGGCUCUACAACAUGACAUCGUUCUGCAGAACUUGAUACUGCGCAUGCGACGAUUCUAUCAAAACAAUAUAAUCGAGCCCAUCGACACGGAGAAUCGGGCCCGGCUCUUCCAAAAGCGCCCGGUGGUAUUCACGCGCUUCAUUUUCAGCGGCCUCGUCCAGUCCAUCGCCGAUUGUUUGUUGAACAACAAGAACAUCAAAGUGCUCAAGCUCGAGGGUCUGCCCCUUUAUGACGGCUACAUUGAGUGUAUUGCCAAGUCGCUGGUAGCCAACGAUUGCCUGGAGGUCUUGAGCUUUCGCAGUUCCAGCAUUGGGGACAAGGGGUGCGAGAUGGUCUGCCAGACGGUCAAGUAUCUCAAUCGUAUUGUAUAUUUCGAUCUCUGCGAGUGCAAACUCAGCUCAAAGGGGGCCAAGCAUGUGGCCGAAAUGAUCAAGAUGCAAAAGAUAUCACACUACACGGAGGGGUGGGAAAGGUCCCUGCGCUACCGGAAUGUCGAUGCCAAUUCCAUUUUGGGACUACGAACGAUUCUUCUCGUUAACAAUCCGUUGAUCGGGGACGAAGGCCUGCGAUCGAUCGCCGAGGUGCUGAAGGAGGAUGUCUGGAUAAAUUCUGUCGACAUGCAGGGCUGUGGCCUGACUGAUAUUGGAGCCAAUCUCAUACUCGACUGCCUGAAACUGAACACCACCAUCGUGGAGUUCAAUGUACGGCACAACCAGGGAAUCAGCCAUUUCUUGCAGCGCAGCAUUCGCGAACACCUGGGCACCCCAGACUUCGAAAAGAAGAAGGAGCCGGAGUACGAUCUCAGCUGCUUCAACGGGCUGCAUAGCCUGCCCAAGGGCCAGAAGUUCACUGUCAGACAGGUGGUGUUGCACAUCAAGCGCCUUGAGCAGGAGCUGUCCUUCGAACGGACUCUACGCAAGAAGGCCGAGAAGCUGAAUGUAAGACUCAGCAAUCAACUAAUGAUCUGUGACAGCCAAAUGACCUCUGACAAGAUCAUGGAAAACUCCCUAUCCCAAGGGGUUAACGAAUAUAUGGAAAUGAAGGAAACCCUCAUAGAAUCGCCGACGUAUCGCCAGACGGAGUUCGGAAAGCUGGUCAACAGCGUCGUCACCACCCCGGAAACGACUCCGCGAAGCGUCUUGUCGACCCUGCGAAAAGAUCUUCCGCAUCUACAACUUUCAAGCCAAUAUAAGACGCAGGAGACGCAAUACUCAAGCCGACGUGAAGAGGAACAAUCUGAGCUGGAGCCAAUGGAGGUCAGCCCUCGCGAGGAAGAGCAGUCGCCACGCCGGACUCUGUUGCAGGUCCGAAAGGUGCGCAGCGAGAUGAAGUACGUAGAGCAAAACUUGAAAAAUGUCAACAAGAAACACGAGUCGAAGUCGGAUCACGAAUUCGCCAACGAGAGCCAUUUCAAACUCAACGCGAAGUUGCAAUUUGAGCAAGACAUUGGGGACGGGGUCUCGAACCCGAAUUUUAGCCAGAUCUUGGCCAAUUAUCGCGAUGUCGAUGGAUACAUACCCCAAAGAGAGCGCAAGCCAGAGGACACUCAAGAACCCAGCAAAGAAACGCUUCCUGACUCUGGCAUCAAUCAUUCUGAUGCACAUAAUCAUAUGAAUGAACUACGCGAGCAAGUGGAAACGUACAUGGGGCUCCUUGGUGCAAAAUCCUCAGAUAAGAUGACCGAUGGCUCGGGCUCGGGCUCCGGAUUGCAGCCACAAGUACUGAAUUCCGAUAUGUUUGGCCAGAUGUCCAUUUCCCCCAACAUGCCGGUGUUCAGGCGUCGCCACCAGUCUGACACAGUCAUGGAUGAGGCUGUCGAGAAGUUGUCGCCGCGUACUGCCUACUUGUUGUUGAAGAAAAAGAAUCAGGAGGCAACCUUUUAAUGCAUCUCUUACAAGUCAAAACUAUAAUUUUUCAGAACACAAUCUCUUCCGUGCACCCAACAGAACCCACAAGCGAUCGCCUUAAAAUUUCCAUGAAGGGUAAAAUUUCUAGUUUUACAAGCAAAGCAAUCAGGAGCCUCCACCCACAGCUUUGAGUGCUCUUGCUUUCACCACGAAAUGAUUUAUGCAUCAAAGGAAGCAAGUAGAAACAAAAGCAAAAGCGCCGCAAGCGCUGCUAAAAUUAAUAAUUGCUAUUUUCUCCGUUAUAAUUAAAGAUUUUAAAUUUUUGACAACUA